CUGGCUGGCUGGCCAACCAAAGCAAGCAAGCAACAAGAGCGACCACGACGACGACGACUGUCGUGUCAUCCACACAGCCACCCAAAUAAGAGCACAUCCACGCUCAUAGACACACACCCAUAAUCACACACAUCUGCAUCCACAUCCACACACGCACAGAGACAUCGAUCGGUUUUUAUCCACAGCAAGCCCAAGUGCAUACAAGCAAGCAAUCAAGCAAACCAGCCAGCUAACAACCAGUUGAGGCUGUCAUUACAACACACAUGGCAAGCACGGCUUCUGGGAAGGUGCGCCCGCGCAAGGCGGGCUCAUCACCAUCAACAGAGGAGGACAAGGCCAGCAAAGCUCGCGAGGAGAAGCUGGCCGCCCUCAAGCAUGAGCUGCGUGCCGCACGUAAACAAGUGGUGCUGUGGAAGAAGCCACUGGCCACGCUGUUCCACUUUGUGCUUGAGCUGGGCGUCCUUCUCUUCUCCUUGCUUGAAUGGGUGUGGAACCGCAAGUUUGUUGUGUUUGGAGUCCUGUCCCUGACUAGCUACGCCGCAUACAUCCUCAUGACCACAACGUCACCGGAGUUGCAGUAUGUUGCGUACAAGAUCAAGGAAGCGGCGUUCUGGUGCUUCCUUGGCAUCCUCUCUUCCGUGGGCCUUGGCACAGGUCUCCACACCUUCAUCCUCUUCCUCGGCCCGUACAUUGCGCACGUGACGAUGCACGCGUAUGCCUGCGGAACACUCGACUUUGGGCCCCAGAUUGACUCCACUCGCCAGAGCACGUGGUCUGCCGUGGACUGCCCGCCAGAGCCCGAGGGUGGCUGGACCGACCCCAUCACCAUCCUCGCAGUCAUCUCAAAGAUCCGCUAUCCUGCGAUGAUGUGGGGCGCCGGCACCGCCAUUGGCGAACUCCCGCCAUACUUUGUCGCGCGCGCAGCGCGACUGAGCGGGGAGGACCCUGAUGAUGAGGACUUGGAGGAGUUCCAUGAGACGCUCAAGGACGAGAGCGCAAAUUUUGUUGCCCGCACAAAGCGCUUUGUGCACAACUUGGUGCAGCGUGCCGGGUUCUGGGGCAUCUUUGCGUGUGCAGCCAUCCCGAAUCCGCUCUUUGACUUGGCCGGCAUCACCUGCGGCCACUUCCUGAUCCCCUUCACAACCUUUUUCUCGGCCACCGUCCUAGGAAAGGCGGUGGUAAAGGUGCACAUCCAGGUCUUCAUCCUCGUCACCUCCAUGAGCAAACCGGUGUUCAACGGCGUCCUCGACGCCCUCGCAGGCAUCCCACUCAUCGGCCCGUCUGCUGCGGAAUCGCUGCGGGAGAUGCGCGCCAGCACAGAGGCCAAGUUUAUGAGCAACCACGUCGAGGAACCAAAGACGAACCUGUUUGCCGUGGUGAUGGCAGUGCUGGUGAUUGGGAUGAUUGCGUUCUUCCUUGUCUCAAUCAUCAACCAGCUUGCGCAACGAAACGUGCACAGGCAGGAUAAGAAGAAGCUGCAGACCAAGGUGGGCUCCCUUUCCCCACCGCCCCAGCGCAAGUGAAUCACAGGGACCGGGGGGGUGGUGAUGGUGGUGGUGGUGGUGGGCAAAGCGCAUCUGGGUACAGUGACAGGCCACGAGGAGGGACGAUGUAUGCGCGUGUGUACGCGUGUACGUAUGUGUGCGUGUUUGUGCGUGUUUGUGAAUGAUUGCUGCUACUGAAGUUGUGAUGCUACUGCUGGUGAAUUGUGGCUGUUGGUGUUGUGUGUGUGUGAAUGAAAUCCGCGCAUGAAGAGAGAGACAGAG